CAAWUUAAUCGAGACUGCCAAGAUGGCGGCCUCUUGGCAAGAGAGUGUAGAACAUUUAACUUCUACUUCUACUCUUACCAAGUCAUCUAUCUUAUUGAUUUGCACAACCAUAUGUAAAAGUGAGGAGGUCAUACUCAAAGACAACGAAGAUAAUGAAGGAUUUAUUGUACCCUUUAUUGCWUUAGCUUCACAUCACAUUGGUCUAAAUGUCAGUGAAUGCCAGUCUCCCAUAAAUUAUGUUCUGAAUGCAUCCAAGAUUCUCCUGAAGUACUGCAUACAAGAACUAAGAAAGAAGAAUGCAACAAGAAAGAUCUUGCCAAAGAAAAAGCUGGUGUCUAUAGUGGAGGGCCURUGUAAAGGCCAUGGCUGCUUGGCCAGGACAGACAUUGUUGCCUUCACUGCUCUGCUAAAGGGUGAAACAAUUCCACCAGMUCUUGACUUCAGCACCAUAGAAAAUGAYACCAAGGAAGACAUGCCUUUCAAUAAUGGGGUGUUUUUUCAAACUCUGCAAAUGGCAUUUGUACAAAAUGAAGAUGGAACAAGCAAAGAUAGCAAAGAGAAGUACAAUAAUAAGUUAUUAGAAACAGUGACAACAAUAACAACAGGAGCUACAACUACAAUURUAUCAAAAUUAGUAAUACUCACACAAGCUUGUAUCCAUUUCAGCCUUCAAGAAUUAUCCUCUGAGAUGGUCAUGAUAUCAAGCAUUGUUUCACUACCUGUUCUUGAACCUUUGAUGGCCAAGCGACUCAACAAAGUUGCUGUUCUUGCAUUGUGUUGUAUUGACGCUGCCUUGACUGUUGCUACAGGAAGUUUCAUGCCAGGUGACACCAUGUUUGCAAGUAAACCAACAAAAACAGUGAAAUCUGCUGUCAAAACCAGCAUCAAGUCUACCAAAACUGAUGAGGASCAGAUUGAAAAAGCUGUGGAAAACAUUGUUGAUUCAAGUUUGAACAUUUAUGACACACUAUGCCAUGUUAUUGGGUCRUCAUCMCGUGCUGGUGGACCUUCAUUACAGAACUUGAACYURAUGGUAGUCUACUGCAUAGAAAAGGCAAUGGCUCCAGUGUAUGGCGUUGAUACUACAAGGAGUUUAAAGCAAAAAGAACUAGCUUCUGCCAAGAUUAAAUGUCUCCAAGGUGCMAAUAUCUAUGUAGCAAACCUUGCAUCCAAGGGCYUGGUUCUCCUUGCAUCUCUUAUGGAGGAACUAAAGUUAGAGGGCCACGAUACCGAACCUGUKGAAGAACUUUUGGACUUGAGUAUCACAUCAGAAUGUACGGGCUUACAAAGAAUGAAGAGAUUGCUAAAGGACAUACCCAUUACACAGAUUAUGCUGAAGCAGUUUUCAAGCUUAUACAGGAAGGUAAUUUCAUUGUUAGAUGAAGAGUCUUUGCUGGGCAGAUGGUUUGAGGACACUUUGCAAUGUCCAGAAAUGAUGGCAACACCAGCCAGCACCAAUGAAAAAGAGAAAGAUACCCAAGAAAAGAAAGACGAUGAACCGCAGGAUAAAACACAGAAAGGCGCCCAAGAGUAUUUGUCCCAAGCAACCAGCACCCUUCAGUUUGUUGUAAAACAUUUGUUGAUGAACACCAUGGAUGAAGUUCAGAGAUAUGUAAGAUUGUCCCUCAAUGUCGAUCAAAUGACAGACCUGGCUGGAAUACUGACAGAGCUGGAUAACAAAUCUAACAAGYUAAACAAACUGAAAGGCUUUGAUGARCUUUGCCUGACAGUUGAUGAAGCUUUUCAUUUGUURCUAGUGGAGGAAUUACUACCAGAACAUCUUCAGGAUUUACUGCUGGAGUCUCUCAAUCUAUCACCUAAAUCAGAUGGACCAUGGCCUUUAAGGAUUGACUCGACAUGUCUUGGUGUGUUAGCAAGGGUUAUAUUGGCAAGACAGCAAAAGGCUUAUAAAGCUAACAAUGGAAAUAUGGAUAUCAAGGAAUGCAUCAAUAUAUGGACUAGAUUAAUUGAUACACUGGAGAGAAAUGCUGUAGCAGAAACCCUUGAGGACCAAGAUGAUCUGAAUGUUGAGCAUCUUCAACUGCUCUUAUUUGUCUUUCACAACUUGUCCCUUGAGCAGAGGACGCUUCUGCUUAUAAGAUGUGCCAAGGCUUUGGUUACCAUAUCAAAGUCAGAAAAGUUGACAAAAACUCCUCCUGCUUCACUAUCAAGACUUACUCUACUGAUGGAUUACUUCUUACACCAUUUUAGUAGUCCCCCAAAGCAGCUCUUUUCCCAGGUACAGAGAAACCUCUUUAGAUCAGGCACKUCUAUUGGUCCUGACAGUURUGAAGACACACAAGCAGGAAUAGUGUACUUUUCWUUGGUAGACCAUGAGGAGGUCAACUAUCAGCGAAGCUGUUUGAAGUUUCAUUCUUUGAAUGGCACUCCUAUUUCUCCUCAAGAAUCCAUCCCUAUGGUACCAAGAUUUUAUGAUAUCAGACCUGUGGCACCAGUAGAUGAUUACAAACAAAUAGAUCCCAAGGCUUGUGAGAUUCUCCUUAACAUGGACGUUGAUGGACUAUCCUACAGUGACUACUACACAGCAGUGAUCAAUCUAAUGAAUGCUGGWCGAAACUGUGAUAAAUUGCACCAUUCAAGAGAAGUCCCUCUCAUGCCAUUAGAUGCUGCCUUUUCCAGGCAGUGCUUUGGAAUUUGGUGGAGACUGCUAGGCUCUCUACCACCRUCAKUGUCAUAUUUGACUGGYCUAAGUGAAUACARACCAACUAGUGAAAAUCUGGAAGAUGAAAUGCCUGUAAUGCUCUCAAACCUCCACUGGAUGGCAAAACUUUCUUCCAAACUAGAUGAUGACUAUAUUAAGUCUCUAAAGGAAUGGAUGGUUGUUCAGGGCUUAUCAGAAGAUGAAUCUCAAUCCACAAUUGAGAAAAUGACYAAGGAUUUCUCAAGCUUACAGUCCAGUGUCGUCAUUGCUAAGACUUACCUUGAAGAGAUUUCCAAGCUGCAUACCAUUACAGAAGAUUUAACCAAUGUCGCUCAACUGCCUUGCAUCCUUUGCGUAAUUCUACUUGAUGCAAUUAUUGCAAAGACUCACAUAGCUUUGAGUAAGCUGUUUGGCAACACAGAUGAGGAUCCAGACCUUACAUACAUCAUGCAAAUUGCCAAAGACCUUGUCCCAAAGAUUGUCAAUUUGAUUCCUUUUUACCAGAAGUUUUCAAGAUUUUAUUUGUUGUCCAUCAUAUGCGAGGACCAGAGAAGGGACAGGACACUGCCUGACGACAGCAAAAAGCUGUUUGUUCAAGAUGCUCUCAAUGCGUACAUAAAUGUUGUACAGAUCGGAUGCAUGAGACUUCCCAAACAGACUUCUCUGUCAGUGGCUGUUCUUUCGGGUUUACCGUCUCCUAUACAAACUGGUGUUGAAAACUGGAACACUGGAUUCUUAAACCAGAAUCCAAUCACUUUUCCAGUAAGAGAUGAAGGAACUGCUGGUAACGUUGCGACAUUCAUUGGUUCUCUUGUUGAAUCUCACUUGUCAUCCAUGGUGUCCAGUACUCCRUAUGACAAGGGUCCUGGWUUGAAACACACAUUGCAGUCACUUGUUCAACUUGCUGCUGAUUUGAUCAUGUGGUGUCCAAAAGAGGAAGGCUCCAUUCAUAGUUUACAUGCCAAGGAACUGACAAGUACAUUUUCACCAAUACUAGUAGAUGCAACCACUGAAUACCUCCAUGAUUCAGCCACUAGUGUACUGGACAGAGUGGUUGGACCUGUUGAUAGUGAAGCAUAUUCCAGGAAUAUCCAUCUUUAUGUGCUGAUUAACUGCCAGAAACUCUUGACAGAGCAGACACUGAUUGACAAAGAAAGUUCAUUCAUUGGUGAGGAGGUGUUAUUGGACUGCUUAAAGUACAUUGAGUCCUUAUUGGAGAGACCAUCUGGGCGUAGUCUGUUAGAACAGUUCUACACUAACGGCAAAGACCUUGUAGACAUCAUCUUAUUAUCAGCACAUAGUACUGCCUCUUUGCCAUACGUCAACAGAACUCUAAAAAUGGCAGUUAGAAUUCUUCAGCUUGGUUAUUCAUUCAUUGGUGAGGAGGUGUUAUUGGACUGCUUAAAGUACAUUGAGUCCUUACUGGAGAGACCAUCUGGGCGUAGUCUGUUAGAACAGUUCUACACAAACGGAAAAGACCUUGUAGACAUCAUCUUAUUAUCAGCACAUAGUACUGCCUCUUUGCCAUAUGUAAACAGAACUCUAAAAAUGGCAGUUAGAAUUCUUCAGCUUGCUGAAAAACAUCCAGUAGACUCAACCAUCAAAUCACUUGCAAGAUGUCUGUCAUUUCUGGAUACAAGUGAUCCACAGCAGUUACAAGACUGGCUGACAAGAAUUGUCAUUGGAAUAGAAGAAGACCGUGAAAACACUGGAAAGAUGGCUGACAACAGGCUGCUCCUACAAGCACUAGCAUCUCAUCUUGUGAGGGAAGCUUAUCUAGUAAAGGACUCUACUUGUACAAGUCUACUAGAUGCUUUGAUACCCAUUGGGGAUAAGUUAAUGUCUAUGAUGAGUUSUAAAACAGCUUGUGCAGGAGCCAAACUKGGYGAUGUUAUCCAUGCAGCUUCUAUACUUGCAAGUGUUGACCAAGGAAAGGGUCAUUCUAAACUSUGCAAGGCAGCUAUUAAAUGGCUGGAUACAUGUAAGUACAGCUUGGAAAAGGAAGAUCUUGACGUGAAAGCUGAGGGAGCUAAAGAAAGCAGUACCAUGGAACUAGCUGGGCCUUUGUUGUCUUACUUGGCUGGGAUGAUUCUUGCAUUGAAGUACGUAUUAGAACAAGAUACUCCAACGUCACCACUUACAACAACUCAAGGAAGCAAUGAUAUUGUUGUACAAGACCUUGAGACGGAAUGGAUGGAUGAUAUUGCAGCCGAAGAAGAAGAAUCUGGUGGAGAAGAGUCUGAUGAAGACUCACUAUGUAACAAGCUUUGUACGUUCACCAUCACACAAAAAGACUUCAUGAACCAACAUUGGUAUCACUGUCAUACUUGUAAGAUGAACGAUGGUGUAGGUGUGUGUACUAUAUGUGCUAAGGUCUGUCAUAAAGACCAUGAUGUCUCCUAUGCUAAGUAUGGAUCAUUCUUUUGUGACUGUGGAGCAAAAGAGGAUGGAAGCUGUCAGUCUUUGGUAAAGCGCAAUCCAAGUCUAUCUAAAGAAAGCAGYUCAACAUCAGUGCAUGCRUUUGCCAAUGGYCAAGACACAGAAGACUGUGAYGARGUUGAGAGUCAAAGAAGAGAAAAGAGGCUGUCAAGCUCAUCUCAAACUAAUGUUGGAAGUGGUUUGGCUACAGAUUUGCUGUCUGGUUCUACAGGAGAGAGUGGYCAAGAUGAUGCAGCAACACCAACUAAAGCUAUCCAGACUCUUGCUAAGCAAAUAGAGAAACACACAGAUGUGCUUGURAAAGAACUAGAGGCCUCGUCUCUGAAUGCCACCAUUAUAAAACUUCUGCAACUKUUGAUGGGGCCAGUGAUUAAGAAUACAGGGACUACAAGCCAGGUGUAUGGUGCAGCUCAGCUUGUCAGYAAAGCACUAGAAGAUCUGCAUUCACUGGAAAAGACAGUGGAGACUACAGAACAACUAAUGGUUCCAACACUUGGCUCACAAGAAGGUGCAUUUGAGAAUGUGCGCAUGACAUUCAGUGGKGAACAAGGUCAAGCAAUUAGACAGCUGAUUGGUGCUCAUGUAUUACGCCGUGUUGCAAUGUGUUGUCUGGCUUCUCCUAAAGGUCGACGUCAACAUCUCGCUGUGAGCCAUGAAAAGGGAAAGAUAACAGUUCUGCAGUUAUCAGCUCUUCUGAAGCAAGCAGAYUCCAGUAAAAGAAAACUAACCCUAACACGCCUAGCCACAGCACAAGUACCAUUUACUGUGCUAUCAAUAACAGGCAACCCAUGCAAUGAAGACUUCUUGGCAGUCUGUGGACUAAAGGACUGUCAUGUCUUGACAUUUAGCUCUUCAGGGUCUGUGGUUGAUCACCUUGCUCUUCAUCCUCAACUUGAGACUGGAAACUUUAUUAUUAAAGCCGUUUGGCUGCCAGGAUCUCAGACAGAAGUAGCUGUGGUAACAGCAGACUUUGUMAAGAUCUAUGAUCUUUCUAAGGAUGCCUUGAGCCCAGUCUUUUACUUUGUGCUUCCAAGUGGCAAGAUACGUGAUGCAAGCUUUGUAUUCCAUGAUGGUAGCCGUAGUGAUGGUAGCCGUAGUGAUGGUAGCCGUAGUGAUGGUAGCCGUAGUGAUGGUAGCCGUAGUGAUGGUAGCCGUAGUGAUGGUAGCCGUAGUGAUAGUAGCCGUAGUGAUGGUAGCCGUAGUAUGGUCCUAAUGUCAUCAGCAGGCUAUAUAUACCAUCAGCCCAUGGAUGACGAUAGCAGUGCUACUGGAGGUCCUUUCUAUCUCACCAAUACCAUUCCAGUACAGCAUAGUGAUUUGGAGGACACCAAUGGACAAGUAGCUGGUGGAGGGGUGUCUGUCUACUAUUCUCAUACGCUUCAGAUUAUGUUAUUCAGCUACACACAGGGUAAAACCUUCAUGGCUCCUUGGGUUCCUGGUCAAAAAGAAAUAAACAACCUAUUUCCAAUCAACUUCAAAAGUAGUAAUGGAGGGAACAAAAACAGCCAGGCAGCUUUGUACCAGUGGAAUGAGGUUCCUCAGCAUCCAGGUCUUGUGUGCUGUAUGACCCAUAGUAGUGGGGUUCCUGUGGUGCUCAUGAUCAAGCCAGGACAAGUACUGAUUCAGGAAAUUAAAGCAGCGUCCUCCAAAUCUAAGACACAAGACAUGGUGGCCAUCCGUCACUCAGUCAACAGCUCAGACCAACAAAGAACAACAAUGAUCUUACUCUGUGAAGAUGGCAGUCUACGUAUUUACAUGGCCAAUGCUGAACACACUGGCAUCUGGAUGGCUCCCUCAUUUCAACCUGCAAGGCCUUUAGCUGUACUGCGUCCAGUGAAAAAGAAAAAAGUAUGCAAAACAAGGACCAAGUCUUCCACUGUUCAUCUCCCUAUAGACUUCUUUGAACAUUGUCAGGUUCUCAAUGAUGUUGAGUUUGGUGGACCUGACAUCCUUCAUGUUUACAAUGCACAACAAGCCAAACACAGGCUGAUGACUGCGGGGAUGUACCUAGCAAGUACUAAGCCCAGUGGUUUUAAUAUCGAGGUAACCAAUACCAACCCAGGUCAGGUCAUGGUWGGAGUGAGGAUACUGGUYGGCUGUCAUCCYCUKGAGAAAGUCCCUUCAUAUGUUGAGAUAUUUGGACGUGUUACACCAUUUACRCUGACCAGGAAUCGCUGGUUUGAUGUUCCUUUUACCAGAGAGGAAUCUCUUACAGCAGAUAAAAAGAUAACCAUUUUCUUUGGUCAGUCUGCAGACCCAUCAGGCGUCUCCAUGGUUGAUUCCAUCAAAGUGUAUGCUAAAACCAAAGAAGUGUUUGGUUGGCCUGAUGAUCCCCAUGAAGAAUUCAGCUCCACAAGUGCUUCAGCAACAACCAGCUUAUCCACCGUUGUACAAGAAAAAGAGCUUAUCACUUGUGUUACUCCUGCAACACCAUUUGACAAGCUUGUUGUUCACUUGGUUGAGAUCUUGGAUGGGUCAUUUUCUGCAUUCUCAAAUGUUAAUGAAGAAACAAGAAAGCUUGCAUUAGACAUGGCAACAUYGUUAAUGACRUGUUCAGCUCCUUCAUGUAUUCAAAACCAAGCUAAAUCACUCCUUGCUACACUUCAUCCUUCCAAGCUGUCUUUCCAUAACCAUAAGGACCAAGCUCAGCUMAAACAAAUCACUCAAUACCUACAAGAUUUUGCCUCAGCAAAAGAAGAAGAAGAAAAAGAAAAAAGUGCUAAACUUGAUGCUGAAACCUUUCAAAGACUUGUUGUCAGUGGCCGGUCUGUUGCAUUAUCAAGGCCGGCAAAUCUGUCCAAGUUUGCAUCUUUGUCAGGAAGUGAUAGCGAUGUACAAAAGYCAAGCAAUCAGUUUGCAUCGGUGCUGAUGGAUGUGUUUUGGAAGUUGAAUGAUCUUCGGCCGCCAGUGCAGACAAUUGCRCCUCUAUCUGCACUAGGAUUACAAGACGUUGAAUCUACAGUCUCUGCACUUGUGGACAUCAUCCAUGCGUUUUCCAUCUCAGAUUCAAGCCAAGUCCCUCUCUCUGUGAAUCUGUAUGUGCAGUUGCUACUAUGUCAGGAUCCAGGCAUUAGCUUUGCCUGCAAACAGGCUUUGAUCCGGGUUCUUCAUCCUCUACAAAAAAGACACAGCAGAGAUGGACCMACUCCACCAAGAAGUGGAACUCCAUCAGCAGAACGAAUCACCCCAGAGGAUGAUGAUAAUGAUGAUGAUGAAGUUGAAGGAGAGAGAUCAGACUCUGGACAGGAAGAACAGAGCUCAACGUCCCAACAACCGGAUGACUCUGCUCAUGCUGCACCAUCCUCUGCUGCACAAGUACCMUCUGCAAGCUCUUCAGCCUCAAGAUCRAGUCACUUAGAAUCCCUUCUUCUUGGAGCAGCAGGUAACCUACCUGCAGUCCUUGAUCUUCCUCAAGAUGCAGACGAUGAAGCAAUGAUGGAACUAGCAAUAGCUCUGAGCUUACAGGAACAGUCAGUGGGAUCGCAGGGACUCAAUCUACAGGGUUUGUCUCAAGGACAGAUAUCUUUAGCUUUGGAAGGUGGGAAUUCCUCUGAUACCACCACAUCAGCCCCUGGUAGUGAAGAUGAUGAGUAUGAAGUMCCMCCUGGWAGYGCACAAGGKUCCUCUGCAGGACACAGUGCMCCMCGCUCUCCCAUCCCUGCAGGCAUUGCACAACAAGGACCAGACUCUGAGAGUGGUGGCAGCGCUGAUUCCAUUGCYGUUGAACCAGGAUCUAGUGUGGCAACUAUCAGCAUUGAUGAGGACAAUCCAGCAUCUGAGCAUGAAGCUAGAGGUGGUGAUGGCCAGCAAGGCACUGUCCUGGAAACAUCACAUGAACAUGAUGUCCGACAUUCACUGCAACUGCUGCUGAUUGAUGAAUUGUUGGGCCAUUUACCCAACCUGAAGGAUGUUGGAGGUGUAAGAGCAAUUCCAUUCAUGCAGGUUCUGUUAAUGUUGUGCUCUGACCUGGAGAAUAAUGACAAAGACAUUGCUGCUCUUGAGAGAGUCCUUGAAAAGUGUUUGGCAGAAUUGGAGCUAGACAAAAAGAAUUACCAGGAAAUGUCCAACCGCACCAAACACCAUGAAGUCCAGUUAAUCAUCAUGAGAUUCCUUAGUGUUCUCAUGUCAAAGACAAAAAGCUCAGCCAAGGCUUCUACAGAGGCUUCUUCCAUGGUCUGUAGUAAGACUGCCAAUGUCCUAUGUGGGGUAGGGAUAGUAGAAUACUGUCAGGAAGUCCUAAAGUGUCUGCUCAMUCACUGGCAGAAGAUGGCUAAGAAGGAUGAGGAAGAUUCUGUCAGYGUAAGUGGAUCKUUACUCAAGCCUCARCCAACAAGCACUCCUCCUGACAUGUCUCCAUUCUUUCUCAGACAAUAUGUCAAGGGUCAUGCAGGAGAUGUGUUUGAGUCUUACCCUCAGCUUCUCACAGAGAUGGUGCUUAGACUCCCAUAUCAGGUCAAGAAAGUCACUGAUGGUUCAGAUGAGACCAAGUCUCCACACUUCAAUGAAGAAUGGAUGUAUGUCCUGUGUGAGUACAUGAUGGUGCAACAGACUCCAUUUGUCAGGCGUCAAGUGCGCAAAUUAUUGCUGUUCCUCUGUGGUUCUAAGGAUAGUUAUCGCCAACAGCGUGACCUCCAUGCGUUGGACUUCCACAGUAAAGCAGUCAGGGUGUUGAGUACUCAAGGUGGUUUUGACCCAGACAGUGCACGUAAUACUCCAAUAGUUCUCUCAUAUGAUGCUCUAAUAACUAUGAUUGAACAUCUCAAGGCRUGUUCUGAGAUAGCAUCCAGUAGGGUCAGUAACUGGCAAGCKUACUGCAUCCAAGAUAAAAGUGCCUUGUCRUUCUUGCUGAGAGCCAGUUUUCUCUUUGAGGAAGGAGUUGCUCCUCUGAUACUUCAACUCCUAACRUACGCAAUUUGUGGAGGGAAGGCACAGACACAGGGUCCUUCGCCACACAAAAAGAAAGACAAGGACAAAGACAAGGACAAAGACAAAGACAAAGAGAAGGAAAAAGAAAAAGAAAAGGAAAAAGAAAAGGAGAAAGAGAAAGAUAAGGGCAAGGGAAAAGAGAAAGCAAAUGAACAAAAUGAGAAAAAUGAAGCCACUGCUUCUCGUCUUGUCCAACAACUCCAUGAGUUCGUAGACAUGGAAAUCUUGCGUCAGUUUGUGCAAAGCUUUCUUCUUGAGUCUAAUUCCACUGCUGUACGUUGGCAGGCUCAUGAACUUCUUUACAAGAUUCAUAAGCAUUCCACUCCCAAUCAGCAAGACAAGUUGUCAGAUAUGAUGUGGAAAAUCUGGCCAGAACUGCCUGGAUAUGGUCGACGUGCUGCUCAAUUUGUAGAUCUUCUGGGUUACUUUACCAUUAAGAGUGCUUCUAAGUCCAGCAAGUUUGAUAUCUACUGUGAGAAAGCUGUACAGCUUUUGAAAAUGCAAAACAGCAUCUUAGAAAAYCAUCCCAAUUCCAAUGUGUACAGGAUGCUUGCUGGUUUUGUUGAGUUUGAUGGGUAUUACCUUGAAAGUGACCCGUGUCUGGUUUGUAACAAUCCUGAAGUACCAUUCCAGAGCCUCAAGUUGUCAGCCAUUAAAGCAGACUUCAGGUUUACAACCACCUCUCAACUUGUCAAACUGAUCAGUAGCCACACUAUUUCUCGUAUUACUCUCAAGAUUGCCGACAUGAAGAGACAAAAGAUGGUUCGCACAAUCACUUUCUACUACAACAAUAGGACAGUUCAGUCUGUGGUUGAACUCAAGAACAAGCGUCCAUUGUGGCACAAAGCUAAGAAGUGCCAUCUCACUCCAGGACAAACAGAACUAAAGGUUGACUUUCCCCUUCCAAUUGUGGCUUGUAACCUGAUGAUAGAGUACUCAGAUUUCUAUGAGAAUUUUCAGGCAUCUUCUGAGACUCUUCAGUGUCCUAGGUGUAGCGCAUCAGUUCCUUCCAACCCUGGUGUGUGCAGCAACUGUGGUGAGAAUGUCUAUCAGUGUCAUAAGUGCAGGUCCAUCAAUUAUGAUGAGCGUGACCCUUUCCUCUGCAAUGCAUGUGGUUUCUGUAAGUAUGCCAAGUUUGACUACAACCUGACAGCCAGGUCUUGCUGUGCCGUGGAUCCCAUUGAGAAUGAAGAAGACAGRAAAAAGGCUGUAGCUAGUAUUAAUUCUUCACUGGARCGUGCAGACCGUGUSUACCGCCAACUGUCUGCGCACAGGACUCCMUUAGACAUGCUGCUUACWAGGAUACUAGAACAUGGCGAUGCUGAAGUUAUCAAGGUAAAAUUCAUUCAUUUGUUAAUCUGCUCCUUCAUUUCAUGUAAGGGUUUGAUACGUGAACUGGUCGACUUCAAUCUUCAUCAAGGAACAGCUCAGAUGCGAGCUGAUGUUCGUCACCUCCUCUGUCUUCUCACCAAAAACAAUGAUGACGCCACUGAAGAACUGAAUCAGAUUUUAGUACAGAGAGUUAUCAGUGCACUGCAAGGUCACAGGUCAAAUCCAACCAUGGUAUCUGGUAUUGGUCCUGAGAUGCUGUUGCUAAGUAACACUGUAGAGAUGGAGGAUUUGUGCUGGGAGAAGAGAAUUAGAUGCGUUAUGCGUAUUUUCAUGAUGUCCGUGGAGACUCCAAGCCCAUUGGUGAUGGAGAGCAUUACUCUGUCAUGCCUUAAGAUUCUACUCAAACUUGUCAAGCCACCUCCCCCAACUAGCAAGAAAAACAAGCAUGUGGACACUAAACAGUGGUUAGCACAAGAGGAAGGAAGUCUCUUCAAAGACUGGAAGCAGCAGGCUAUGAAAAAGACCAUUCAGUCCAAGAAAGUUGAAGAUGAGAGUAAAGAGGAUGCACAUAGAAGGUAUCUGAUGGAAAAGUAUGCAUGCAAAUGGAGAUURUAUGUAGAGAAAAAGAAGCAAGAAAAACCAUCAAAUGUCACCAGUGAUGACGAUUGGUUGAGACAAGUAUUGUUCACWCCAUCCAGUAGAGCAGCUCGGCAGAUUGCUUGUACCAUUGUGGAGUCCCUGUGUCAGGUUCCAAGUCGACGUACACAAAUGCUUGAUCUCCUCACAAGUUUUCUAGAUGAAGUGAGCUCGGCUGGAGAGAAUGCAGCGGAGUUCUUUGAGUUGUAUCARAAGCUCAUAAGUCCAACGUAUUCCAAGUUCUACUUGGCACUGAAAGGCGCAUUGCUACAGAUUGGYGAACUUAUUACCCUGGAAAUCAACCGAUUGUCUUCCUUGGAGCAAACGACUCUUAGUUCAGACUUGUCUCAAGGCUAUGCAUUACAUAUGUUGACUGACACUCUUGCCACAUUUAUAUUCAUCAARCAUGAGAAUCUAAAGCAGAAAUUCAAAGGCAAGCUUGUGGGUACWGUUUUGAAUGGAUACUUGUCUCUCAGACGGUUGGUUGUUCAAAGGACUAAGCUUAUUGACGAAACACAGGAGUUGUUGCUUGAGUUGUUAGAAGAAAUGACRACAGGAACUGAAGUAGAGACCCGUGCCUUUAUGGCUAUUUGUGUCGAGACACUAARCAGAUAUGAUCAAGAUGACYUGCGUACUCCAGUCUUUAUAUUUGAGAGGCUGUGCAAUCUUAUCUAUCCGGAGGAAAAUGACAUUGGGGAGUUUUUUAUGACUUUGGAGAAGGAUCCACAACAAGAAGACUUCUUGCAAGGUCGCAUGCAAGGCAACCCAUACAGCUCUAAUGAGCCUGGUUUAGGGCCUUUGAUGCGGGACGUCAAGAACAAGAUUUGCACAGAUUGUGAACUGAUUGCACUUCUUGAAGACGAUAGUGGAAUGGAGUUACUGGUUAAUAACAAGAUCAUCAGUCUUGAUUUAGCUGUCAAAGAUGUGUACAAGAAAAUCUGGUGCCCAGAAGGAGAGGGUGAGCCAAUGAAAAUUGUGUAUCGAAUGAGAGGGUUGCUAGGAGAUGCAACUGAGGAGUUUGUUGAAAAUCUUGAUAACAGYAAAGAAGAAGAUGUUGAUGUUGAAGAAGUGUACCGAAUGGCGUCGGUCAUGUCAGUGUGUGGUGGUCUUGAAGCAAUGCUUACAAGAUUAAGUGUUGUUCGUAAUCUGGUUCGUGGUCGACAGCUGGCGUCAGUUAUUCUUAAACUACUGGGAUACUGCGUCAAACUGAAGGUCAAUCGUCAGUAUCUUUGCAAUCCAUCAUUGAAUGCCCUCAACGUCCUACUAGGAACACUAAACCAGUCACUUCAAAUGGAACAAGAAUCAAGCGGUGGUGGAGGAGCUGCCAUGGCCGAGGAAGUCCUAAGUAUCAUGGAAAGUAUCUUACAAGAGGCAACGUCCUCACCACAGCUAACCCAACCACCAAGUGAAGGAGAUCGUAGUCAGCUUGAUAUGCUACUUGAUAAGAUUACUAGUCCAUUUGUACGAGCAAGUACAAAGAUCCUACAAGCCAUGAUGAGAAUUAUACCAUUCUUGACUUUUGGUGAUGAAAAGAAUAUGAAAACGUUGAUUAUCCAUUUCAUGCCGUAUCUGGAUUUUGAGAAGUUCGAUGGCGAGAGAUCAAGUGAUGAAACCUUGUUUAUUGACUGCUUCUGCAAAAUUGCCAAUGGAAUUGAGAAUAAUCAAAGUGGAGCAAGACUAAAAGAAAUGAUCAUUGAAAAUGGAAUAGUUGACAAAGCAAUCAAAUACCUAGAGACACACACUCCUUCACAACCUUUCAGCAAGGCAAACCUCGCUGAGUUAGAUAUCUGGAAGGAAUUCCUUGCACGUCCGUCGUUACCGUAUGUMUUAAGACUACUAUCUGGUCUUUGUAAAGGAGACAAGAAAAUUCAGAAUAUAAUUGGMGAGGCUUCCAUCCCAGUAAUUCAUCGACUAGAACAAGUUUCAUCUGAGGAGAARGUMGGAUCUCUUGCUGAGAACYUACUCGAGGCAUUACGAGAGAACAARGAAGUYGAAAAAAAGAUCAACGAGGUGAGAAGACARACUCGAGCWGAGAAAAAGAGACUUGCAAUGGCCAUGAGAGAGAAACAGCUUGGUGCCUUAGGAAUGAAGACAACUGGUGAAAAGAUCAUCGCGAAGCCGAACAGUCUUACUCGUGAGAUGGAACACUUGGCGGAGGAAUCUGGUUUAGUGUGUUGUAUCUGUCGUGAGGGAUAUAAUUACAACCCCCAAAAGGUUCUUGGUAUUUACACGUUCACCAAGAGGUGUGUAGUGGAAGAGUUUGAAACAAAACAACGAAAGACGCAGGCAUAUUGUACUGUAAGUCACUUCAAUGUGGUUCAUUAUGACUGUCACAUGGCUGCCGUCAGGUUGGCUCGAAGUCGUGAUGAGUGGGAGAGCGCUGCCCUGCAGAAUGCCAGUACCAAGUGUAACGGUCUCUUGCCUAUCUGGGGUCCUCAGGUGUCAGAAUCAGCAUUUGCUAGCUGUCUUGCCAGACAUAAUAGCUACAUCCAAGAAAGCACUGGUCACAUUGAGCCCAACUAUUACUGGGGAAUACAYGAUCUUCGUCUUCUUCUGCAGCGUUUUGCAUUUGAGAAGUCCUUCAGUGACGACACYGGUGGCGGUGGRAAAGAAAGUAACAUCCAYUUUAUACCGUACAAUGUGCACAUGAUACUCUACGAACUUAACACCACCAGACAGAGAACUCGUGAAGAAAAGAACCUUCAGUCUUUUAUGGAUGCCUCGUCAGAUAAAUGGGUUGACGCAGCAUACAAGGUUGAGAGUCCAUACUAUUUCACUCUGCUSUCUCUCUUUGUCUAUUCGCUGGAGCAGUGGCUUGAGAAUCGACAGACUUUCCUUAGAAGGCUAAUCAUAACUGCGCAUGCUCGAAAUAUCGCUCCUAGUGGCACCACCACACGACUACAAGAUGUGUCUGUCAAGGAAUAUAGUGUCUACAAACCUGCUUUGAUCUUCUUUUUCUUCGUCGACCAACUACAUCACAUGUUCAAGAGAUCAUUAAAAUCCUCCGACUCUGGCUGGGCUCAAGCGAUGGCGGACCAUAUUCGAAACAGCGAUGAAGCUUUGCUUAAGGCUUGUGAUAAGCUUCUGAAAUCCUACCAGAAUGAUGUUCUUCCUGCCGAGUCUUUCGGGGAAUUUUUCGAUGUUGCAGGUUUACUCAGCGAUGUUCAAAACCCCGAUGCAUUUAUAUCCGAAGCUCUCGACUCUCUUCCUAAGUGAUGAACCUUUAGCUAGAUUAGAAAACAGACUCAAAAGGUUAUAAGAAGCUGAUUUUAAUUGGGUCAUAAGCAUAGAUAUAAGCACAAUGUUACUUGGCAACAUAAACUUUAGCAUAAGCUCAAGAGAAAAAUUAAAUAAACUAUGUCCUUCUUGCUGG